AUGGAUAACUCACAAUCUCGGAAUCGACGACUCGUAACCUAUGGCUCUGCUGCCAGAAGUCAACCUCCGCUGAAUACCGAAAAACCGGUGCGCUCCUCUACCGCUAGAACGACUCCUAAAGAAAUGCCUUUGCCAAGCUCGUCACGUCUCUCACGGUCAUUCUACACCAGAUUACAGCGCGACAAGAACGGAGAUAAACAACCGUCUGGAUCGGUUGAAAUGACCACGACUCGAGGUCUUACACAGUCAAAACCCAUCGCAGAAUCUAAUGUGUAUGACUUUCCUUCUUCAGACGAUGAACAGAUGUCCAUGGUUCAAAGGAAGCGAAGGCGAUAUAGCCCCGAUGGAAACAAGGCCAUUCCUGCGAUUAAGCGAUCCGUGAAGCCAAGCGACACAGAUAAUGGAGAUCAUAAUGUGUCACCACAAAUGAGGAAGAAGGUGCCUGUGCCCGGUGGAAAUAAGGUCGUUCCUGCGACUAAGCGACCCGUGAAGCCAAGCAAGGCAGAGAGUGAAUUUAUUGACGUUUCACCACAAAUGGGGAAAAGGGUGCUCGAUGGCCGGAGGCUAUUGACUAAAAAGCCAGAAGCCGGUCAGGAGACAAGCCCCGUAAGGUCGACAUCAUAUCCAAGGACUGGGAGAUCCGUGCGGAACCAGACUAAGGUGUCUACUCCCGAGCAUGAAAUGAGACUAUCAGCCAAGGAGAGCCCCGGGAAUGCAGAGUCCGCGCCAAAUAGCUCGCCGGACAUCAACCAGGGCUAUGCCACUAAAGCGAACAUCACCCCUGGUCGAAGGAGACUGAUCGACUCGCUCGGGAUCACGGAACACCCGGUUGAAACAUCUCCAGCGGCUGGAAAAUCAGCAGAGAGUCCCGCCGAUAGUCAGCAGUCCCGGAAUCUAAUCCUCCCCGACCGAGCUUCGCCAAGUGCGGCUGUGAAUGAGUGUCCUGCCGAAAACCAGGCUCAAGACUCUCCUGCCUCAGUUCCAUCUCAUUUGCGAGGUUCCCGCGUCACCUAUGCACGUCAACGUUCUUUUUUGGAUGACUUGAUUAUGUCAGAGGACCUUUCGACGCGCAAUGAUUCACCUGGUCCAAAGCAUCGCUCUCAAUCUGUCCAACGUCAGUUGAAUUACGAGGCUACUUCUACUGCCCGUUUAAUCGUGCCAAAUGAGGAUACGAAUGAGGAUGGAUCUGUCCGAAGUAUUCAUGAACUCAGACAAGCUGGGGGAAACGCUCGUUACCGAGGCGCCGUCGAAUCUAUCUUUGAAGAUAUCGAAGAUCCGCAAAACUCAUUGUCAGGUCGAUCCAAUGCCUUCCUCCAAUUAUGUGGCAAACUUCUGGAUACUGGGCUCAAACGGCGGUUUGUCGAAUGCAAUUUUGACAAAAGGCUUGUGGAUUGCCUGUCCAUGGACCACCAGGUGGUCCCCACUAUUCUAGCUUUCUGUGCCUAUGCACUGGCGUCAUCAGAUGGACACAUGUCUUAUGUUCUUGCAACUUCCGCAUGGCCUAAACUUCUAGAUGCAUCGCCUGCUUUAUUGGACAUGCAAGAUGACAUUCCGGUGACCGCAAGAGCUCAAGCCAGCGGCCUUUCUCGGCCCUUGCAAAAAACUCUUCAGAGCACCAUUCCACAGAUAGCUGCCAUGCUGUUCCCCGAUACUGCAUUGUUGAAACUAUCCCCAUGUACUCUGGCAUUGUAUUGCCUGAGGUCGACGAUUUCCACUAUGCAAACCAAAGGCGAGAACCCUAGCCUCCCCACAUCUCUUCUGAAACCGUUGGUUCAAGCGCUUGUGUCCGAAAGCCAACGUUGUGAUUCAUUGGAAAAAAUACACCCAGAGAGCUCUCAGAUACUGUGUAUGGGCUUCUCAAUAUUGGAAGCUUCUACUGCAUUGGCUGAGUCGCUCACAAAAGAGCAUUGGGACAUCCUAGACCCGCUCUCUGAGCUUCACCUGCUCUGUUUGGAGUCAGGCACCGCUAGCGAAAUACAACCCCUCUACAUUCGACUUAUCUUGAAUAUCACCAACAACAACCCCCCUCUCUGUGAUAGAUUUGCAAACCCGGAUAUGGUUGGGGGAUUGGUCCACAUUGUCUCUGCAAACUUUGGUGAUUUGACUGAAGAUGCUCUUGGACAAGCGAACAAUUCCCUGGACAGCGUGAUAUUGGCGCUCGGCGCACUUAUCAAUCUGACUGAACAGAGUGAAGCAUCAAGAUCGAUUUUUCUUCAAUCUGCUGGUUCCUCAAAGCCUUUCCUUGAUCAACUCUUGCAUUUGUUCAUGACGCAUGUUGAGUCUAUCUCCACAGCUCAUUCGGUCUUGGAAGUACACCACAACGUUGCUGUGGGAUAUUUGGCCGUCCUUUUACUAACACUCAGUUUGGACCCUGAGACUCGGUCCAAAAUCAAAAGCUCACUCGCCCCCAACGGAUUAACGGCGGUGAUAUCUACCGUUGAUGAAUUCCUGCAGUACCAUCAGAAGAUUGAACAAGAAACCUCCACUUUUCCCACCCAGGGACAACCAGCGAGUGGGUUCCUGUCCAGAUUACAAGAGCUUAUCUCUCGGAUACGACUGGCAGAGCAAUGA